AUGUCAACACCUGCUCAAAGACGACUUCUUCGUGAUUUGAAACGCCUUCAAUCUGACCCACCUCCAGGCAUAUGUGGUUCCCCGGUUGAAGAUAACGUAAUGGUAUGGAAUGCUGUUAUAUUCGGACCUGAUGAUACGGCUUUUGAGGAUGGAACUUUUAAACUUCGGCUAGACUUCACGGAAGAUUAUCCAAACAAACCCCCACGUGUUGUUUUCACAUCAAAAAUGUUUCAUCCGAAUGUUUAUACUGACGGUAGCAUAUGUUUAGACAUCCUUUCCAAUGCUUGGAGUCCAACAUACGAUGUCUUGGCUAUACUGACUUCUAUCCAGUCUUUGUUGGAUGAACCGAAUCCGAACUCACCAGCUAAUAGCAUGGCAGCUCAGUUGUAUGUGGAGAACAGACGAGAAUACGAAAAGCGUGUUCGUGCUUGUGUGGAAGAGAGUUGGUACGAAGAGGAUGUUUGA